CCGUACUGGAGUCCACCAAGACUGUAACGUGUCCAUGACUUUGGCGAGGAGUUUACGUUAUACGAGCUGCGGUGCCUUUCUAGUAGUGGAGAGGACUUGGUGCUGCACCCAAAGGGGGGAUGCGUGGGCGUAUUCAUGAAACUGCAAUUCUCGUAUUGAGCUGCAAUAUAUCUAGUUGAGUUGCAUAUCUUACUCUUCCUCGUCCUCUUCGGCCGAUUCUCCGAGCCAACAUUAGCAAUCUCUCGUCGUCACCUCAACGCAGUCUACACGUUUAUUCGGCCUUCAAGCGCACAAAUAGCUUUCUUCCAGAUGACUGCCGUAUCUAAUUCAGUCCUUCUCCGAGGAGGCCACGUCCUGGUUUUCGACAAAGAGAAGAAGGCCACCUUUAGUGUCCUAGACGUGCUCGUGGAAGGUACAGUUAUAUCAAAGGUUGGACAUCACAUUCCUGCAAGGCCAGAAACAAAGAUCAUUGAUGCAAGUGGGAAAAUUGUUUGUCCUGGAUUCGUGGACACCCAUCGCCACCUUUGGCAAUCACACCUAAGAACAUCAGUUGCGAACCAAACCUUGCUAGAAUACUGUGGGCACCUUCUCUUUGGAAGAGCGUUAUUCUACAAACCGCAUGACGUGUACCUUGCCCAACUGGGUGCAGCGGCUGAGGCAAUUCAUUGCGGAGUUACCACCGUUCUCGAUCAUUCUCACAUUCAGCUUUCCGAAGAACAUAUCCAACAAUGCAUUAGGGCCAGCAUUGACUCGGGCCUUCGGAGUAUCUACUGUUUUGCACCCUAUGGUCUCCCCGAGAGCAUCAAUCCCUUAAGAUUCUCCGACAAGCCGAAUGAACUUCACCAGCGGCAGCUACAUCAAUUUUACAAGUUGUCUAAUCAAGUCCCACUUGGCAACUUGCAGAAUGAUGGAAGAGUUACACUCGGGCUUGGCUAUGAUGGCAUCGAAUAUCGUCCAGUUGAAGACACGAAGAAGUUAUUGGAAUUUGCCCAUGAUCGAGGGCUUCCCAUUACAUUCCACGAUUGCCGUCGCCACGGAAUGUCUGCUAUGAAAUUCCUACGCGAAAACAAUCUUCUUUCCGAUACCAUGGUCCUGUCACAUUUUACUUUUCCCUUGGAAGAGGAUUUUGAAGCCGCUAAACGGCACGGAGUGGGCAUCUCAUCAACGCCUGAAUCUGAGAUGCAAAUGGGACACGGGUGGCCCGAAGCAUUUCCAGCGAUGCGGCAUGGUUGCAAGACGGGCCUUGGUGUUGAUUCAAGUGCGAUCUGUAGUGGAGAUCUAUUUUCUGCAAUGCGUAUGUGUCUUCAGAUGCAAAGAGCUCGCGACAAUCAUGAACUGGCUUGCAGGAACAAGAUUCCAAAACAACUGCAGGCAACAGUAGACCAGGUGCUUUACAUGGCCACGUUAGGUGGUGCAGAGGCAAUUCAUCGGGAGUCAGAGAUCGGGAGUAUCGGAGUUGGGAAACGAGCAGAUAUCAUUCUCAUCAGUACUGACUCGCCUUGCAUGGUUGCUGCUGGUGACCCUGCUGCAGCUUUGGUCUUGCAUGCCUCACCGUCGGAUGUUGAGCAUGUUAUCAUAAAUGGCGAGGUGGUGAAAGAAAACGGGAAGCUCUUGAGGGUUGACUGGUCAACUCUAAAGCACGAGUUGCGAGAGAAUAUGAAAGAAUUGGAGGAGAGUUACAAAAGUGCGGAUUGGAGUCGGAAUACCGAUGAGAUGGUAGAUGCUUGGAAGAUGACUGAUAAAUUAGAGUAGGCUACAAAUUUUAAGUGAAAUCGGAAG